AUGGAACAAAGGAACAAUGUGACUGAGUUUGUCCUCUUGGGGCUCACUCAGAAUCCCCAGGGUCAGAAAAUAUUAUUUCUUGUGUUUUUGCUGAUCUACAUUGUGACAGUUGUGGGCAACCUCCUCAUUGUCAUGACUGUGGUGGUCAGUCCAACACUGGAUGCUCCUAUAUACUUCUUUCUUGGCUAUUUAUCUUUUAUGGAUGCUGUUUAUUCUACUACGGUCACCCCAAAUAUGAUCAUAGACUUAUUCUAUGAGAAGAAAGCCAUCACUUUCCAAGCUUGCCUGAUCCAGCUUUUUGUAGAACACUUAUUUGGUGGUACUGAGAUUUUACUUCUGGUGGUCAUGGCCUACGACGGCUACGUGGUUAUCUGCAAACCCCUACAUUAUAUGAUGAUCAUGAACCAAGGGGUGUGUGUUCUGCUGCUGAUGGUGACCUGGGUUGGAGGUUUUGUGCAUGCAGUACUUCACCUUCUCUUUGUGUACAAUCUUCCCUUCUGUGGUCCCAAUGUCAUUGACCACUUCUGCUGUGACAUGUACCCCUUAUUAAAACUUGCCUGCACUGACACCUAUGUCAUUGGUCUCUCUGUGAUUGCCAAUGAUGGGGCAACACGUGUAGUCAUUUUUAUGCUGUUACUCAUCUCCUACGGAGUCAUUCUGCAGUCCCUGAGGAACCUUAGUCAGGAAGGGAGGCGCAAAGCUUUAUCCACCUGUGGCUCCCACAUCAUUGUGGUGGUCCUCUUCUUUGUCCGUUGUAUUUUUAUGUAUGUCAGACCUCCUUCCACCUUACCUAUUGAUAAAUUCUUGACUGUGUUUUACACUGUUUUCACUCCUGUGUUGAACCCCUUAAUUUAUACUCUGAGAAAUGCAGAGAUGAAAAAUGCCAUGAAGAAGCUUUGGACCAGAAAAAGAAAAUGAGGUCAUAGGCACACACAUCGCCUACUUUCAGUAAAGAAUAUAGUCCAUUCCAGGAAAACAAAACAUUGAAAUCCAUUGCUUUAGA